CCAACGCUCAUUGGCUGACACCGCUUCACGUUGAGAGAGAUUGUCAGUCAGCUGGAGGUUUAAGGAGAAUAACAGUUACUUGUUUUUGUCUGGCGGCCCUUGACGAAAUAGUGGUAAUGCUUAUAAGCUUGCUCAGCCCGUUGAAACGACUUGGUAUAGCUGUUCGGAAAACAGGAUUGUAAGGUUCUUGUCGGAAACUCUUCAGCGCGAGGUGACGGCUUUUAUCACUCCAUCCAUCAUCUCAUCACCCUGGGUCUUUCUGUCUGUUCUCCGGGAGACUGCUACCAAAACCUUAGACAAGCGCGGUGCGUUUCCUGUCUGGAGUGUUGUCGCAGGCGGAGCUCAGUGCCUGUUGCCACCGGGUGGCCCGAUGCUAGCAGCGGGGAAGACAUAGCGGCGCGGCUCGAGGAGGAGAUGUCAGAGCGGGGAUGCCUCUUCUUGGAGACAGUGCUGUAGUCGAUGGAAUACCGGAGUGCACACCCUACACCUGCCGCUGGCACUUGCGGAGUUGCAGCCUAACAAGCAGUGACAGAUAUAUGGAUGGUGAGGUCGCAGCAUGCCCACCCCCUCAACUACCACUACGCCGCUGGCUGGAGGGAGCAGCAGCCGCCGCAGUAGCAGCAGCUCUGGAGGAGAAGAGGAGCCCAUGUCUGCCAGUCCCGACUCCACCGGCGGCUCCUCUUUCCGGGUCGUCCCGGCUUUCUGCCUGGGCGUGGUGGCGGCUGUUGCGUUUCAGCUGGCCUGGGGAGGCCUGACUCUCACCUCUGUCCUGCUGAAGCUCUUCAUCUACGUCUCAUUCGCCUUACUGUGCUUCCUGGCCGGGAGCUUCGUGCUGCUGGUCAGGAAGAGCCCUCUGAAAGUCAGCUGCUUUGACCGAAACAGGAGGCAGUCAGCUGCUCGUCUGGAGUUCUUCAACAGGCUGAUGGGUCGGUUUUCGGUGCCUGCUCAGGAGUCCGUCCUGAGCAGAAGAGUGGUGGUGUCACACAACGUGGACAAAGCCCUGAAAGAAGUGUUCGACUUGGCCUACAGAGACUACAUCCUGUCCUGGUACGUCUCCCUGAGUCACGAUGAGGGCCAGCUGUACUCCAUGCUGCUGGAGGACUGGUGGCAGAUGAUUGGCCAGUUGCGAUCCAGACUCGCAGACAUAGACGUCGUCAACGUGGUGUGCUACGACAGCGUCCGCAUCCUUCACUCCCACUUCACCGACCUCAGGGCCGCGUCUGGAAGAUCAGAGGAAGCUGCUCGUCCAUUUCCUCUCCAUCCCUGCCUGGUCUGUCCCGACUCGGAGAUGGCCUUCCUGCGUUGCGUUGCGAGAAUCCUGCUGCUGUGUCUGCUGCCUCAGAAGGACGCCAAGUCUCACACGCUCCGCUGCUGCCUCACAGAAGUUAUAACGACCAAAGUGUUAAAGCCUCUGGUGGAGGUGCUGAGCGACCCGGACUCCAUCAACAGGAUGCUGCUGUCUCAGCUGGAGCAGAGGGAGCAGCAGGCCGAGCAGCAGAAGAAGGCCUACACCUACGCUGCCUCUUACGAAGACUUCAUCAAGCUGAUAUCAACUUCCACUGAUGUCAAUUUCCUCAAACAACUCAGGUAUCAGAUAGUGGUAGAAAUUAUCCACGCCACCACCAUCAGCAGCUUGCCUCAGCUCAAGAAGCAAAAAGAGCGCAAAGGCAAAGAGUCGGCAGCCAUGAAGGCGGACCUGCUGAGGGCCAGGGACAUGAAGCGCUACAUCAACCAGCUGACCGUCGCCAAGAAACAGUGCGAGAAACGCAUCCGCAUGUUCGGUGGACCCAACUACGAGAACAGCGAGGAAGGAGGAGCCGAUGACGGCGAUGAACCGCAGAGCCAGAAGAUCCUCCACUUUGAUGAUAUUUUGUGUUACCCGGGCUACAGAGAACACUUUCGAGCGUACAUGGAGAGGAUUGAUAAGAGAACUCUGAUAAGCUUCUGGGAACUGGUGGAAAUGCUGAAAACUGCCAAUAAGAGUGAAGUGCCCCAAAUCGUGGGAGAAAUCUACCAGAAGUUCUUUGUGGAGAGCAAAGAGAUUCAAGUGGAGAAAUUUCUCCUGAAGGAGAUCCAGCAGAGUCUGGUGGGGAACAGAGGGACCGAGGUGUUCGUCAGACUGCAGGAGCAGGUGGCCGAGACCAUGAGGGAGCGCUACUACCCGUCCUUUCUGGUGUCUGACCUCUACGAGCGGCUGAUCAGACGAGACGAGUCCAACAGCCAAUCACAGUGCAGCCCAGAGGAGAAAGGCAACGGGUGCCAGGGUCUGGAUGCAGGGGAGGAAGUAUGCGACGAGGGAACUAAAGGAAUCAAUGAGCAAGCUAGCUACGCUGCUACUAAACUACGGCAGCUGUAUGACAAACUGGAGUACAAGCGGCAGGCGCUGGGCUCAAUCCAGAACGCCCCGAAACCAGACAAGAAGAUCGUGAGCAAACUAAAAGAAGAGAUCGGCACCAUGGAGAAGGAGCACAGUGAGCUGCAGCAGCACAUCACCAGGACCGACUGGUGGUGUGAGAACCUGGGCCACUGGAGGGCCAGCAUCACCACUGCCGAGGCGGCAGAAGAAGGCGGCGAGACCGUAGCUUGCUACACCGUGUGUGUUAGCCUGACGGAAGGAGAGGAGACGGCCAACAGCUGCUGGAGCGUCCAGAGGAAACUCACUGAGUUCCAGAUGUUGCACCGCAAACUCACCGAGUGUUUUCCAUGUCUGAAGAAACUCCAGUUGCCGUCGCUCAGUAAACUUCCCUUCAAAUCCAUCGACCAGAAGUUCCUGGAGAAGAGUAAGACUCAGCUCAAUGCCUUCCUCCAGCGGUUGUUGACGGAUGAACGACUGUGCCAGUCGGAGGCACUCUACGCCUUCCUCAGCCCGUCUCCAGAGUACCUCAAAGUGAUGUCUGUUCAGAAGAAGUCCUCCUUCUCUUUGGCCUCCUUUCUGGAGAGGUUACCUGGAGAUUUCUUCUCCCACACUGAGGAGGACGGGGACGAUGACAGCGACUUGUCGGACUACGGCGAUGAGGCGGACGGGCGCAGAAAUGCCCUAGCUGAGCCCUGCUUCAUGCUGAUCGGGGAAAUCUUCGAACUCAGAGGAAUGUUUAAGUGGGUGAGGAAGACUCUAAUUGCACUAGUCCAGGUUACAUUUGGACGAACUAUCAACAAACAGAUCCGGGACACUGUAAACUGGAUCUUCUGUGAGCAGAUGCUGGUGUGCUACAUCAGUGUGUUCAGGGACACCUUCUGGCCUAACGGGAAGCUGGCGCCUCACGCCAAGGUCCGGACCGACUCAGAACGCAGCGAAACCAAGGAGCGGGCUCAGCAGAAACUCCUGGACAACAUUCCAGAUGCACUAGCAAACCUUGUCGGCCAGCAGAACGCUCGCUUCGGAAUCAUCAAGAUCUUCAACGCCCUGCAGGAAGCCAAUGCCAACAAACAUCUCAUCUAUGUGUUGAUGGAAAUGCUGCUGAAGGAGCUGUGUCCUGAGCUGAGAGCAGCAGCCGAGAACAGCUGAGCACAAACACAGAACAUCCCUGGAUCACCAAGCGGACGGGGGACUUGGAGGGUCUCCACCGGCAGCGUCUGUUCCUCGCCCUUUCUGUAGCUGACCAAUCACCGAGUGCCAAGCGAGAGACAGGAAAUGAGGUGUUGUGGGGUGAAGGCUGUGAAAUGACGGCAAACCGAGCUCACAGCAGCCUGAAACGAGGGGCUGGCACUUCAUUUUGUUCAACGAGGACACUAGUUGUAUCUGUAAUAGAGAGCCACGUUCACUAAAGAACAAGUUUUAAUUUGUGAGAUUAUGUAACAUGUUUUUUUUUGUUUGUUUGUUUAUUUUUAUGUUUCUUUAGUUGUUUUCUGGAGACACAGACAUUCCAAAUCGAUACUAAAAAACAAAAUGUUCUGGUGUAAAUCUCAUAAGUUGAAGUGGAAAUCUUAAUGUUUGGACAUGGCAAGAAGUGAUCUGAAAAAAAAAAGUAAAAGGAAAAAAAAAGGAAAAGAAAAACGCAGACCGGACCGAUGACGGAGUCCGGAUCUUCUGUUCCCCAGGAAAAGUCUCGGCACUCUGACCUCUGAACAUUCCUACACAAAGCCUGAGCAACAACACUUGUGUUCUGUGAUUCUUGUUAAGACUUGGAAUCGUGCAAUAUAAUUUCAUGUGAACGUCAUUGUGAUAAUUUUAUUUAUGAUUAUUAUUGAUAGAUUUAUUUUAUUUUUACCAAAAAAAUUGUUUAGAGAGCGUUUAUAUGAGCAAUAAAUGACAAACAAAAGC